UUCCUUUUGCGCGGUUGAACCGCUUUCGGUUCGCAGCUUCAUCAUAAUACCACCUCCGUAAACGGAACGCUCUAUAAUUUUCCCAAAAAGUAUCGAUAAGCUAUGAACCGAAAAAAAAGUUAAGUUCAAACGUAGGCUGUGUUCACUUAUGCUAUAAAAUGGUUAACAACUAGUACGAUGCGGAAAUUAUUUGUAAAAUAAGUACACUCUAAAUAUAAUUUUUAAUAUAAUGGAGCGAUUAAAAGUCAUAGUAUUUGUGAUUUCCACUUGUGGCUCGGUUAUAGGUUAUUCGUGGCACAACGAGGAAACGACCACAAGAUCCUCCCAUUUGUCUGGAAAGGAUUACCACAGUGAUCCGUUAGUUGUCGAAACGAAGAGCGGAUAUGUCCGCGGAUUUUCGAAAACCAUAUUGGGCCGGGAAGUGCAUGUGUUUACGGGAAUACCAUUCGCGAAGCCACCCAUUGAACAAUUGCGAUUUCGACGGCCGGUGCCAAUUGAACCAUGGCAUGGAGUUUUGGAUGCAACCAAGCUACCAAACUCGUGUUAUCAGGAGCGUUAUGAGUAUUUUCCAGGCUUCGAAGGGGAGGAAAUGUGGAAUCCCAAUACUAAUAUUUCGGAGGACUGUUUGUAUUUAAAUUUGUGGGUGCCGCAGCCGUUAAGGAUUCGCCACCAUGACGAUAAGUAUCAAGAAAAGCCGAAGGUACCUAUUCUGGUUUGGAUUUAUGGAGGUGGGUACAUGAGUGGAACGUCUACGUUAGACGUGUACGACGCCGAUAUUGUUGCCGCAAAUAGUGACGUGAUUGUAGCUUCGAUGCAAUAUAGAGUUGGGGCGUUCGGUUUUCUUUAUUUGAAUAAGCAUUUCGGUCUCGGUAGUGAGGAAGCUCCGGCGAACAUGGGAUUGUGGGACCAAGCGUUAGCAAUACGUUGGAUUAAAGAUAAUGCGUUAGCUUUUGGCGGAGAUCCCGAUCUUAUUACACUAUUUGGCGAAUCCGCAGGUGGCGGAUCGGUUAGCAUACAUUUGCUUAGUCCGAUUACGAAAGGACUGGCUCGAAGAGGCAUUUUACAGUCGGGAACUUUAAACGCACCGUGGAGUUAUAUGACGGGAGAACGCGCACAAAGGAUUGCUGAAAUUUUAGUGCAGGAUUGCGGUUGCAACGCCUCGAUGUUGGCAACAAGACCAAGCCAAGUUAUGGAUUGCAUGCGAGCGGUUGAUGCUAAAACGAUAUCGUCUCAGCAAUGGAACUCAUAUUCGGGAAUUUUGGGAUUUCCUUCUACACCUACAGUGGAUGGAGUUUUCUUACCUAAGCAUCCGAUUGAUAUGAUGUUAGAGGGAGAAUACGAAGAUGUUGAGAUACUUGUGGGAAGCAACAGCGACGAAGGUAAGUUUCUUUGA